CUUAACCUUGAUACUGCGUCAGUGUGCGCUGUGGUGAUAAGCCCUGCUUUCACAUAUGUGAUGUCCUCCUCUACUCUCUUCCUCUUCCUCUUCUACCCUUUCACCUUAACAUACUCUUCCCUUCUCUCUACUCUCCUCUAUUCAUCAACACAUCUACUAUUCUCUCUCUAACAGAAGAUCAUUACCUAAUCCCUUACACAUGCCGCCGCACGAAUAAAGUUCUGACUCCCUGGCUGGUUUUUCACGUUCACGGCGCGUGGCCGAAGCUCAGCAAAUACGCAUUUGCCAUCGACGCAGCGCUGCGAAUACCGAAUCUCCACCUCGAAUCUAGAAGAAAUAUAAAAAGGCAAAAACAUGGCAUCUUCAGCCGUUGCUUCAGGCAAAGGCGCAGAUACAGCGGCACGGACGCGCGCAGCAAAGACGAACGGGGAUGCGGCGACCCUGCAAGUUCCCGGGACCUCCUCCAACCUCGCAAACGGGAACGGGAACGGAAAGACCGCAUCAGCGGCCGACAUCGCGUUGACCCCCCGGUCACGGUCGCCGGUCGGGCUGAUAUCGUAUCAUGAGCGGUACCGGUAUUUUAUCCACAAGCACGAGAUUCCGCGCAAAGUGCUGCAUGUCUCUAUCGGCUUCCUCACGCUCGCGCUGUACUCGCGCGGCGUGCAGCUGUCGUCGGUGACGCCGGUGCUGGUCGCGUUGUUGGCGAUCAUUGUCUCGUUGGAUGUCUUGCGGUUCAAGUCGAAGGAGUUUAGUGUGUUUUAUAUCAAGGCGUUUGGGUUCCUUAUGAGAGAAAGUGAGGUCGACCAGUGGAACGGCAUUGUCUACUACCUCCUCGGACUCAUCAUCGUCUUUCUCUUCUUCCCGAAGGACAUCUCCAUCCUCGCCGUCCUCCUCCUCUCCUGGUCCGACACCGCCGCCUCCUCCUUCGGCCGCGCAUACGGCCACCUGACCCCCAAACUCUUCCGCAACAAAUCCCUCGCGGGCUCGUUCGCGGCCUUCUGCUCCGGCGUCUUUGCAUGCUACCUGCUCUACGGCGUGAUUUUCCCGCGCACGCCCGAGCUGAUUGCCUCAGACGUGCUCGCCUGGCGACCGCACACUUCCAAGCUCGAUCUUACCGCGCUCUGUGUCUUGAGCGGGUUUAUCGGUGCUGCGGCGGAGGCGAUUGAUUUCUGGGGACUCGAUGAUAAUCUUACGAUUCCGGUUAUCUCGGCGGUGUUCUUGAGCGCCGUCAUGCGCUUCUUUCGAUUAGAUUGAGCGCAGUAUAUAUCACAGUGAUGUAUUAAUGACAUAUAGACUCUCAUUCUUGCUGUUCUUCGUCUCGAAGAGAGCUACUCCUCCUCCUCCUCCUCUUAUUUCCCUCUCUCUUCCCGCUACUCCAGCUCGCGUUUUAUGUUCUCUAAUAGAACCCCCCCCCCCCCCC